CAUACGGCGACAACUUGUCUAGCAAAUAGAAGAAAUGGUAAGAGUCGGGUGCGUGUUGGCAGAAAGAAGAAGAAGAAAAAGCGAUAUCCAAAAUUGAAUACAAUCACGAGGAGAAAGUGAGCGGUAUCAGCCGUUGGAUGUAAGGCUGCCUUUGACUCGAAUCUUAGUCGUCCUCUUUAUAAAACAUUCCAUCUUCCUUGCUCCGCCAUUCCCUUCUUCCGUCUUUCUCGUGUUGCUCGUUUGUUAGAGAUUCGUUCGGCCGGCGCUCGAUGGCCGUCGAUCUGAUGAGAUAUUCCAAGAUAGACAACCAGAUCGCCAUCCAGGAAGCAGCCUCCGCCGGCAUCCGCUCCAUGGAGCAUCUGAUCCAGCAACUUUCGCUCCAGCAGCAGCAGCAGCAACCGCUCGACUGCCACGAGAUCGCUGGUCACGCCGUCUCCAAAUUCAAAAAGGUCAUCUCCAUCCUCAACCGCACUGGCCACGCUCGCUUCCGCCGAGGCCCCACUGCGCCGCCGCAGCCUCCUCUGCCGGAACCGUCUCCACCCGCAGCCACGAAGACGAUUGCUCUUGCUCCGAUCCCGCUCAGCGUCAAGCCCCCAAACCACCCGCUCUCGCUCCUGCCUCCGCCGCAGUCGUUGACGUUAGACUUCACGAAGCCGGUCACCGCCUCGGCUAGGGAGUGCUUCAGCAUGUCGACACCGAUGCCGUCCGCCACGUCGUCGUUCGUGUCGUCCGUCACAGGUGACGGCAGCGUGUCGAACUGUACGCUCGGACCGUCCUCUCUCCUCCACCCUCUCUCUGCUGCAUCGGCUGGGAAGCCGCCUAUCUCAUCCACGAAUAAGCGGAGGUGCCACGAGCACGACCAGACCCAAUCGGAGCAAGUAGCUGGAAAAUACGCUGUUCCCGGUGCUCGUUGCCACUGCUCCAAGCGAAGGAAACUGCGUGUUAAACACACGAUCCGCGUGCCUGCGGCUGAUUUGAAGGCGGCGAAUAUCCCAGCCGGCGACGAGUACUCGUGGCGCAAAUACGGGCAGAAGCCCAUCAAGGGAUCCCCAUAUCCAAGGGGUUACUACAAGUGCAGCACCCUGCGUGGCUGCCCUGCGAGGAAGCACGUCGAGCGUGCGCCGGAUGACCCCUCGAUGCUCAUCGUCACGUACGAAGGAGAGCACCGCCACACUCCCUCCGCCUGCAUCCCGAUCUCUGGAGCCGCCGCAAUGUGACGCCGUCUCAGUGCAGGCCUCGGCCGUCUCCUCGAUCCCCUUUCCCAUGUUGUUCGAUUCGUGGGCUCUCUUCCGCUGCCUUUCGACGAGGAGAGAGGUUUUGUUUUUUGUAAAAUAUUUUCUUCGUUGAAGAAAAAACCGAAAAAAAAUUGAGCAAGCGGCCGGUGCGUAUCAAGUGGCAGUCUUUGUCGUGUAGCGGGCUCGUAAUUAAUUGGGUUGGAUUGAAGAGCGUUUUGAAAUCCGGGGAUUGAAGUCUACGUCUUCCUAAUCCAUA